AUGUGCGGUGAUUUGAUUGGCCAACAAGAGGGAAAGCGAGGAAGAGCUUCUCGGCCGAAUGAACAGGUUGGAGCCAAGCGACGAUGGAGCGGAAGUUCCAGCUCUUCACAGCCCAAGGCACCGGCAACAGCUACGUGUUCGUGUGAAACCUUUCAUCUCCAAAGCGGCACGGGCAAGCUCCGGUUCUGGCCUUCCCUCCUCACCGAUGCCGCGCAACGGAGGCUGUUUGAAGAGCUCACCGUCGACCCCGACCUGCGCCCUCUAGACCCAAAGGCUGGUAGCAGCGGCGGCGGCGGCGGCGGCGGCGGCGGCGGCAGCGGAAACCCCGGGCUCAGGGAAGACGGCGCAGCGAGGGGGAGGUGGAUGCAGCGACCGAUAAAGCUUUUCGGGAGGGAGAUUCCGCAGCCCCGUCUCACUUGCUUCUACGGGCGGACAGGCGUUUCCUACAGGUACAGCGGGAAAACUCUCGAAGCCACCCCUUGGGACGGCGUGCCGGCCAUCCAGGAGAUUCUAGCCGCCGCGGGAGCCGCGGCCGGGGUUGACCCCGGCUACUUCAAUUGCGUCCUCCUCAACUGGUACCGGGACGGAGCCGACUACAUGGGGUGGCACUCCGAUGAUGAAAAGGAGCUCGAGAAGGGAGCAGCGAUAGCGUCCGUUUCGCUCGGAGCAGGACGACGGUUUCAGCUGCGGCGAAAAAAGGACCACGCCCAAAAGGUGGAGUUUAUCCUGGGGGGAGGGUCACUGCUCCUCAUGGAAGGCAGCACCCAAGAGCACUGGCAGCACCGCGUGCCGAAGCGCACGGCGAAGGAGGAGCGCGAGGUUCGGCAAUCACCACAAGAAAGAAGAGAGGCGAAAGCCUUGUCGCCACUGCUGCUGUCAUGGUCGGGGCAAGGCGGCAAGGAGUCGUCGUCGUUAAAGACGGGCGAAUCCGGGGGAAAUGGAAGCAUCACGGGUGGUCGGGUAGGUUCGUCGUUGCUGACAUCGUCGGCAGGUGCAAGGGGAGGGAGGAUCAACCUGACGUUUAGACGUGUCAAAGAAGGCGUUUCAUGA